GUGGAACCAGCUCCCGCUCUGCUGAUCAUGGUCAACAAGACCUUAAAUUACUGGGGUCCCGGUUUUGAGGAGGACGUUAUCAACAUCAACGUGGGGGGUCUGAGAAGGCGGCUCAGCUCCAGUGCCCUCUCCAAGUUUCCCGACACCCGCCUGGGACGCCUGCUGUCUUGCGACUCAGAGGAGUCCAUCCUGCAGCUCUGCGAUGACUAUGAUGAGAUUGAGUACUGGGGCAUUAAUGAGUUCUUCCUGGACUCCUGCUGCAGCUACCGCUACCAUGAACGCAAGCUGGAGAGCCGGCACCACAACUGGGAUGAGGAGAGCGAGGUCAGCAGCGUGGACACGUCCCCUGAUGAGAUCUCUGACAUCAACCAUGACCUGCUGCACUACAGCACGCUGCGCUGCGGCAACGUGCGCAAACGCCUCUGGCUCACCAUGGAGAACCCCGGCUACUCCAUCCCCAGCAAACUCUUCAGCUUUGUGUCCAUCAGCGUGGUGCUGGUUUCCAUAGCCACCAUGUGCAUCCACAGCAUGCCCGAGUACCAGGAGGUGGAUGAGAAUGGCAACGUGCUCGAUGAACCCAUCCUGCACAAGCUGGAGUAUUUCUGCAUCUCCUGGUUCACCUUCGAAGUGUCUUCCCGCCUCCUGCUCUCCCCCAGCCCCAGGAAGUUCUUCAAGCACCCGCUGAACCUGAUUGACAUUGUCUCAGUGUUGCCCUUCUACUUCACCCUCUUGGUGGACGUGACCAUGGGCAGUGACUCGGAGCUGGGCAACCUGGGCAAGGUCGUGCAGGUGUUUCGGCUCAUGAGGAUAUUCCGGGUGCUGAAGCUGGCUCGGCACUCCACUGGACUGAGGUCGCUGGGGGCCACCUUGAAGGUAAACUGGCUCUCUAUCUCCUUACCUAUUCUUAGUCUCUGG